GUGGCGGUUGGCGCGGGAACCAUGUCUCGCUACGGCCGCUAUGGAGGCGAGACCAAGGUGUACGUGGGGAACCUGGGCACCGGCGCCGGCAAGGGCGAGCUGGAGCGAGCCUUCAGCUACUACGGGCCCCUGCGCACCGUGUGGAUCGCGCGGAACCCGCCGGGCUUCGCCUUCGUGGAGUUCGAGGACCCCAGGGACGCGGAAGACGCGGUGCUCGGACUGGAUGGAAAGGUGCUGUGCGGCUCGCGGGUGAGAGUGGAGCUGUCCAUGGGCAUGCCCCGCCGCUCGCGCUACGACAGGCCUCCCGCGCGGCGCCCCUUCGAUCCCAACGACCGAUGCUACGAGUGUGGAGACAAGGGUCAUUAUGCUUAUGACUGCCACCGCUAUAUCCGGAGGAGGAGGAGCAGGUCACGUUCUAGAUCUCAUUCAAGGUCCAGAGGAAGAAGGUAUUCUAGGUCACGCAGCCGAAGCCGUGGUAGGAGAUCCAGGUCAGCUUCCCUUCGCAGAUCGAGGUCGGUGUCACCUCGUAGAUCUAGAUCAGCCUCACCCCGUAGAUCCCGAUCACGUUCUUUAAAAAGAUCAAGAUCUAGAUCAAGAUCCAGAUCCAGAUCUGCUUUAUGGCCACGAAGCAGCCGGUCAAAGUCCAGAUCACCAUCUCCAAAGAGAAGUCGUUCACCAUCAGGAAGCCCUCGAAGGAGGAGUGCAAGUCCUGUAAGAAUGGACUGAAAUUUCAAAGUUAACCUUUUAGGAAGAAAGUUAUUUUGUUUACGUUGUUAUAAGGGAUUUUGUGUCUGAUGUAAAUGGUAAGGGCUUAGUCCUAGAAGGGUAUUUCAAUCAAAUAACAAUUGGCCUGGAUUGGGAUCUUCUAAAUUGUGACAUCACAUUCGUAGAUUAGUGCGCAACUUUUUUUGUUGUAUGCAUUUGCAUCCUGUGAUCUGAAAAUGUGGGACUUUUUUUAUUGACACAUAGAAAUAAAAUGUGUAUUUCUAACUAAAAAAAAAAAAAAAAA